UAUGUUGGUCAACAUGGUUAUGAUGUGUUUAAUGUUCAAAACCAACAACUGUUCUUACUGUGAGAACUUUUGAUCUACUAAGAAAGUGAAACUAUUACAGGCUUAGAAGAUCAUGAGUCUGUUGAAGAGAGUUAUGUUGACAAUAGAAACAGGUUAGAAAUGUCUCAUGAAACCCUUCAAAAUGCUGGUGUAUCAGCGAAUCAAACUCGUUAAGCUAAAGAGAGUCGUGUGGACGACGUGAUUCGUGUUUCCCACGAGAAUCGUGGAUAUAAUGUGGGACAAGUUGCUAAUCAGUGUCGUGUUGUUGAAGAAUGGAAGUCUUCGGAGUUUCAUGAAAACGGAAAAAAGGAAAGUGGUAAUUUCAAUGUUGAUGAUAACUAUGGAGAAUAUGUGAAGCUAAAGUCCAAUGCUCCACUACGUACAGAGAGGUUACAGCCAAUCAACUUCUCUUCCAAGGAGACAGCCGCAAUGACGUCACGUAGUAUGGCGUCACAUGACAACCGUUCAAGAAACAUGAUGCCCAGUGAUUCAGUGAGAAAUUAUACCAACAUGGGCUACAGUCAAUAUGGCGAUGAUGUGUUUAGUGUUGGUCAUCAACAACCUGUUGUUGUUGUGAGAACAUUUGAUCAUCCAGGAAAGUCGUACUAUUACAGACGAAAGAGAUCAUUGCCAAGAAACCACUCAAGACUGAACUACAAAAAAUCUUUUAAAUCUUCUACGACUCGCAGACGAAAACCUUUACCAUCUGCCUGGACAAUAAACCUUCGAAAUUCGCCGCCAAGACAUGAAAAUUAUGAAGAUGUUCACUCUUAUUACUUACCACCUAGAAGAAAAGCCAAAUAUCAAGGCUCAACUCGUACACGAGAUUACAUGAAUCACGAAAUGAAAGUUGAUGAAGCUAAAAAUCAUGGUUCUGGUGAUAGUAAAAGAUACAUUGUUGAAAACCGUCCAAAACUAUCCCAUGCUAAAAAUGCUAAAACCUCGACUUAUUACAAAAUUUCUGGUGGAUUGCAACUCAGCUCACAUUCAGAUACGUCAGAAGUAGAUUAUAAAUCAUCGCCUAUCCUUCACGACCAAAUUAAGAAUCAAAAUUUUCAAGCAAUUUAUUCCGACAAAAAGUGGGAAGAGAAAUCACAUGACCCAGAAAUCUUGUCCAUUGUCAGUGGCAGUGAGUUUUCUGAAUUCUUACCCACUCCUCCACGGCCAAGCGACAGCCAGUCAGAUAUCUCUACGGAUGGAUAUUCCCGUGGUAGUUAUAAAUCAUUUAAAAACAAACUUGAAAGAAACGUUAAAGAAAACAGGGAGGUUGUUGUUGAAGACAGAAGUCAAUCAGAUCAUGAAAAACAUAAUGAAUCAUUUGAAGAAACUUUAGAGCGUUUACGAUAUGGCGAGACGCGUGAGAGGAAUGGAAACGAAAGUAGAAAAAACGUCGGUUCAUUUAAUAAAGAAACGAGCAGUUCAUCGUGGACUCAUAAUGACAGCGGUUUUAGAAAGAAACAUCAUGUGCCAAUAAAUGGUGUUCAAGUCCUACCACCAGAACUAAUUUUUAUUCAGUUUGAAAGUAGCGAUGAAGAGAAAGAAAAUUGAAGAUGAAUGAUUUAUUAAGAAGCUAUUUUAGACUUAUAAAUGGUUCACUUUAUUUGGUGAAUUUACUAUCUAUGUAAUAUCUUUCUAUUUAUUUUUCAUACAUUUGAAGGACAUUUAAA